GACGUUGAACCCUGAAGUGUGUGGGAUCAUGGAAUAAUCUAAGGAUGAUGACUGCAGAGCUCUUGGAUCAUACUAGUUGAGUCAAACGAGGCAAUUUGUUUUCACCAUGACUGACAGGAUGAAGCGACCCAGUCUGUUUUUUUCUUGAUGCUUCAAAAUUGCAAAGGAAUAUUGGAUUACAAACAAAUCGAUAGACACAUGAUUGGACCAAGUUGUUGAAUGCAUCUUCCUGCCUCCACCUCCUCCAGAAUGAGACUGUGGACUUUACUCAUCAUUUUCCCGGUGUGCGCAUCUUCUCCUCUUAUUGCCGACGCGUCUCGAGGCCAAGGUCCGGCCGCGGGCAGCAGCUGCUCUGGCCGAGCCUGCAACCCCCGCAUGGGCAACCUGUCCCGGGGCAGAGUGCUGAGCUCCAGGUCGGUGUGCGGCUCCAACUCCUCCGAGCAAUAUUGUUUCUACGAGCAGAGCGCUGCGCCCGGCCGGAGAGAGUCCUGCUCGGCGGCCAAGUGCGGCAAGUGCAACUCCGCCAUCCCCGGCCAGGCGCACCCUCCUUCGGCCAUGAGCGACUGCGCGUUCCGCCACCCGGACACCUGGUGGCAGUCUGCCGGGGGGGCGCAGGGGGAGACGCUCCGGCUGGACCUGGAGACCGAGUUCCUCUUCACCCAUCUCAUCCUGGUGUUCCGCUCCCCCCGGCCGGCUGCCAUGGUGCUGGAGCGCUCCCGGGACCACGGGCGCACGUGGAGGGCCCUCGGGCACUACGCCGGGGACUGCGACGAGGCGUUCGGCCUGGCAGAGGGGUCGCCAGUCAGGCAGAGGGGGGCAGCGUGCACCUCCAAGUACUCCGGAGCGUUUCCUUGCACCAGAGGAGAGGUGAUCUACCGCGCCCUGUCUCCCUGGCAGUCCGUGGAUCCUUAUGGACCCGCUGCUCAAGACCAGCUCAUGAUCACCAACCUGAGAGUCCGCCUGCUGCAGCGCCAGCCGUGCCCCUGCCAGGCCAAACACCCCGGCGCUGCCAUACUCCCCACAGAUCAUUUCGCCAUAUAUGAUUUUAUUGUCAAAGGCAGCUGCCUCUGCAACGGACAUGCUGACCACUGUGUUCCAGCCAGGGGCUACCAGCCCAGCCAGCACAGGACUAGUAACAUGGUCCAUGGCAAGUGUGUUUGCAGACACAACACAGCCGGUGACCACUGCGAGCGCUGCACACCUCUCUACAAUGACCAGCCCUGGCAGCCGGCCAACGGCCUCCUAGGGACACCACACGAGUGCCAGAAGUGCAAGUGCAAUGGUCAUGCCAAGAGCUGUCACUUCAGCCGCGGGUUGUGGCUGGCCACGGGACGGCGGAGUGGCGGCGUGUGUGACAACUGCCGCCACAACACCGAGGGUCGCCACUGCCAGAACUGUAAAAAGGGUUUCUCCAGAGACCCCGGUCGUCCAAAAACGGCACCUGACUCCUGCAAACCCUGCUCCUGCCACACUGCAGGCUCCGUCCUCUCAGGUGGUAGCCCUCUCUGCAGCCCUACCAGCGGGGAGUGCACCUGUAAGCCCGGUGUCGGGGGCCCGCGCUGCGACAGCUGCAUGAUGGGAUACUGGGGGCUUCGUGAAUACGGCUGCCGCCCGUGCGACUGCACAGGGGACUGUGACCCCUACACUGGUGACUGCAUUUCUGGCUCAGAUGUGGAGGUCUUCUAUACAGCCACUGGCCACUUGGGACACAGCAGCAAUAAUAGUGGGACGGCACUCUUUAGGGCAGAGGAGCUUUUCUCUGCACUGCACCACUCUGAGAAGUGUGAAUGUGUAGAAGUGACCCUUGGCAGCCCUAAACUCUUCUGCUCUGCAGAGUAUGACUAUGUGCUGGUGCUAAAGGUGAUGUCCGCUCACGACAAAGGCUCCCACGCAGAGGUGGAGGUCAAGGUCAAAAAGGUCUUGUACCAGAACCGUCAGAUGAAGAUCCAGAGGGGAAAUAUCACCCUUUACCCAGAGUCCUGGACCAUCCAAAGCUGUACAUGUCCCAUCCUCAACCCAGGAUCUGAGUAUGUAGUGGCUGGUCAUGAGGACUGGAAGACGGGCCGACUGAUGGUCAACACCAAGAGCUUUGUUAAACCGUGGAAGUCAAGUCUGGGACGCAAAAUCCUCCACAUCCUCAGGAAAGACUGUGGCCGCCGGUAGGGCAUCGCUCAAAAGCUGGACUGGAUAAAUGUAAGGAGCGAUGGAGAGGAUCAGCAUUCACAUGCAGAUGUUGUGUGAUGGAUAAGUGAAAUAAUGGGCAACAUGAACACAGCAGCUGCCUGAAUUAGACAUUGCUUGGACACUGAAAGUGAAAGCAAAAAGAAGAAGCCCCAAAACACAGAACGCAACAAUACUGUGGUUGUUAUAAAACUGUGGCGGAGAUAUAAGUGCAUACUGGAAUCAGUUACCUCACCCGACUGCAGUCACUUAAGGAUCAAAGAGAACAAAGCAAGACCAUCAUCCAGACAAAAGCUGAUGUUAGAAUCUCAUUCUUGUGUUAUGACAGCCUCCGCUCAUCAUUCUUUCCAGAUUAUUUAUAAAGCAAUAAGGAGUGCAUGUUAAAUACUCAGUUAUACUUAUAUAUGUCAGAGUCGAUGAGCCACUACAGUCACGUUGUUCUGUCUCUAUUUCAUUGAAAGCUGUUUACUUUUGAAUCUUGCAAAGGGGCCCAGACUGAAUCAUCCUUGUCGCCCCACACAUACUGUAUUUGGCGAUAAAUCAUGAGUCAACAUCAGAGUGUGUGUGUGCAUAUGCCCUAUGUCCUUGGCAGAGGGUCUGGGACAGAGCAGGUCCAAAAAAGUAGCUCCUGGAUGAGUAAGAGAGGAUGAAAAAACUUAAAAGGAAUCAGGGGUCUUUAUCUGAACGGCUCAGUUUUUCUCCGGCACACUUGCCCGCCUGCUGUCUGACAAGAGCAAAACAAAUCCCUGUGCCCCCUCUGGUCUGAAGUAGGCCAUUUUUUUGAAGUAGUCAAAAGGCUGAAGCACUUGGGAUUGAGUUUGCCCUUCCAGCUGAUUCAGUUACAAGAGUGGAUCAUUGUCAGGUUUCCUCAAAGUCUUGAUUCUGUGGGGACUUUCUGCUGUCCUCAGAAGACCCACUUCUAUAUGAGGAGGGUUCACUUGAGAGGGCCUCUCCUAACAUGAUAGUGUGGGAGUGUGUGUGUGUGAGAGAGAGAUAGAGUACACUCUAUCUCAACAUAUGUCUCUCUGUUUGGCCUCUGAGUCUUGCCGCCCCAAAAAUAAAUAUGUAUUAAAAUCCCGGGCACUCAUUGACAUCACUGUGUAUCAAAUCCAGAGUCCACGGGCCAUUUUUUCCCGCCAGGCCCAGUUAAGAAUAGGCCUGGUCGUCCGUCUCCAAGGAGAAUCACAAACUGUGUGAGGAGUCAUGAUGCAUUCCUCAGUCAUAACAUCACCGCCGAUGUCCUUGUCCCAAAGACUUUACCAAAAUGAGAGAAAAUGGGCAGGAUUUUUUCUCGUAAAGGACAAAUUGGUGAUUUAGGCAUCUGAAUGUACUCUGCCAUCAAUGUGACAUUUGUAAUGCUAUUUCUGUGUCAUAUACGUACUGCAUAAACUCUAUGUCAGUAAGAUCAUUCUUAAUGCUUUUGGGAAAAGUCUAUUUCAUUCAUUACCUCACGCUGAAGCGUGAGGUUAUGAAUAGCCUGUAAUUGGUUUACUAGUGGAGAUGGCAGCUUCAUGUUUGACCCAUGAUGUUUCAGUGCCGCCCUCCUUUGGUUGAAAGAGAGAAAUACACUAUUACAUGGUUAAAAAGA